CAGCUGAAGAUCUUCCACGUUUACACAUCCGAACUCCUCCUACAGGAGCCCACCACAACUGACUGCACACAAGCCUCACUCUCUCUCAGUCUACAUUUUCCUUAAAAUGGUACGGAGGGUUAUUUUAAGUUUACUGCUGGCGACGUGGUUCUCCGUGGACUGUAACCCCGGGCCUAUCGAUGAUAUUGCAGUUGAUCGACACUUCAUCCCUAAGAACUGCAUCAGAGAAGCGAAAUCAGGAGAUUUCGUGCGUUAUCACUAUAACGGCACUUUCACUGACGGAAAACUUUUUGACUCUAGCUAUGAUAGGGGGGCUGCAUUCUUUGGACAAGUGGGCCAAAAGUGGCAGAUUGUUGGUGUGGACAAAGGCAUUCUGGGUAUGUGUGUGAAUGAGCGUAGGAGGAUCACUGUACCCCCCCACUUGGCUUACGGUAGCCAAGGAGCAGGUGAUAAAGUGCCACCAGACACAACAUUAGUGUUUGAUCUGGUUCUGCUGGACAUCUUUAACAGAGCAGACCACGUUCAGACCGAAGUCAUCAUUACACCUAAAGAAUGCAAGCGCUCAGUCAUGAGGACUGACUUUGUCCGUUUUCACUUCAAUGGGACAUUGCUGGAUGGCACUGUAUUUGACUCCAGCUACAAGCGUUCCCAGACGCAGGAUGCAGUGGUUGGGGAAGGUUGGCUCAUAAAAGGCUUGGAUGAAGGGUUGCUGGGCAUGUGUGUGGGAGAAAUACGACACUUCAUCAUCCCCCCAUUUUUGGCAUUUGGAGAAAAAGGUUUUGGCACAGAAAUCCCUCCUCAUGCAUCAUUAGUGUAUCACAUUCUCCUGGAAGACCUCCACAACCCUAAAGAUGACAUCAUUGUGGAGGUCAUGGAAGCGCCUGAACCAUGUACACGCAAGACUGUUGCGGGCGAUUACAUUCGCUACCACUACAAUGCUUCCUUUCUCAAUGGCAUCACAUUUGACUCCAGCUAUCAGUACAACCAUACGUACAACACAUACAUUGGAAUGGGCUACGUGAUUGCUGGAAUGGAUAAAGGCUUGCAGGGUGUGUGUACAGGAGAGAGGAGAAGAAUCAUCUUGCCGCCUCAUCUUGCAUAUGGCCAGCAGGGGGCAGGUAAAGACAUUCCAGGUUCAGCCGUGUUGGUCUUUGACAUCCAUGUGAUAGACUUCCAUGGCGUCAAAGAUCCAGUGCAGGUGGAUAUCACACGUAAACCUGAGGUGUGUAAUGAAACCAGUGAGGUGAAUGACUUCAUUCAGUACCACUACAACUGCUCGCUGCUGGACGGCACGCUGCUCUUUACAUCGAGGGACUAUGAGACCCCACAGGAUGUGGUGCUUGGAGGGGAUAAAAUAAUUGACGGCCUAGACGAGGCUCUUAGGAAUAUGUGUGUAGGAGAGAGACGGACAGUCAUAGUGCCACCACACCUUGGACAUGGAGAGAAAGGAGCUGGCAUUGUUCCAGGGAGUGCAGUGCUGCGGUUCGAACUGGAGUUGGUGUCUCUGCAGAAGGGGCUUCCAGAAGGCUACCUGUUCAUUUGGCUCGAAGAGAGUCCGGUUCAGCUGUUUAAGGAACUAGACAUCAACCAGGACCAACAGGUCCCUUUAGAGGAGUUUUCAAAGUUCAUCAAACAGCAGGUAUCAGAAGGGAAAGGUCGUCUUAAACCAGCUCAGGAUCCAGAUACUGUCAUCAUGGAUAUGUUCAAGAACCAGGAUAGGAACUCUGAUGGUCUGAUUACUCAGGAUGAGCUAAAACUAAAAGUGGAUGAAGAUGCAGAGAAAACACACCAUGAAGAACUGUGAAACUCUCAUGGAUAUUCACGAAAGCAUGAGAACAAAGCAACAGACUCAUAACCCUGAGGCUGAAAACUAGACCAACAUGCUUUCCAGUAUUAAAAGUUUGUACAUUUGAUGGUCACAUAUUUAAAAAUGUUGGAUCUCAAAAAUGCAUUUGUGCCACCUAAUAAAAUGUUCCAAAAGUA